UUUGGAAAGAAAAACAAAGUCAGUAUUGUCUGUGUGAUGGUGAAGAGGCGUGAUCUAACAAGACUCUCAUCAUAUAGGAAGUAAGUAGGUAAAACUGUUGUUCAGAGAGAGUUACUCGUCACCAAGACAGAAUGGUUCAUUCCUGGUUCUGUGUUCUACUCUUACUGAAUACCCUCAUCUACUGUGGUCACUCUCAAGAUCUGCCCAGGGCCUCAGUGAAGAUAGUCUCUCCCCAGGAGCCACUGUACACAGGAGACCGAGUCACUCUACAGUGUUACAUACCAGAAUACACAGACUGGACUUAUGUGUGGUACAAAGAUAAUGGACUCCUUCCCAGUGAGACCAGUAAAACCACCACCAUCAUUCUCCCUAACAAUGCUGGUCAGUACCAGUGUCAGGGGAAGAGGACAGAUCAGCCCCAGUCAUCAUAUAUUAGUCCUAAUCACUCCAUCAGUACUACUGCUCUACCAACAGCCUCAGUGAGUGUCUCUCCUCAUGGUCUCCUCUACUCUGGAGAGACUGUUACUCUGCAGUGUGACAUAUCAGACUACACAGACUGGACAUUCUGGUGGUACAGAAAUGAACAACUACAGAGUCCUGGUUCACCUUCUAAAACCAUCACCACUCUGUCUGACCAGGUGAGUCAGUACCAGUGUCAGGGGAGAAGAACAGAUCGUCCCCAGUCGUCACAACGCAGUGUUUCCCUCAAAAUCAGUGUCACUGCUAAUCAGCCAAAGGCCACCCUGAGUUCAGACCAAAAGGACAUAUUGACAGGAGACAAUGUGACACUGACCUGUACUGUAGAGUCUUCUGGAUGGAGGUUUUACUGGUACAGACACAGACAAGACUCUGAACCAGUAAACACAUCCUCUGGAUCCUCCUACACACUCAGCCAGGUCAGUGUCUCUGAUGGAGGACAGUACAGGUGUAGAGCUGGGAGAGGAGACCCUGUCUACUACACCCAGUACAGUGAACCAGUCCACAUACAGGUUACUGCUCUACCAACAGCCUCAGUGAGUGUCUCUCCUCAUGGUCUCCUCUACUCUGGGGAGACUGUUACUCUGCAGUGUGACAUUUUAAACUACACAGACUGGACAUACUGGUGGUACAGAAAGGAUAAACUACAGAGUCCUGGUUCACCUUCUACAACCAUCAGCACUCUGUCUGACCAGGUGAGUCAGUACCAGUGUCAGGGGAGAAGAACAGAUCGUCCCCAGUCGUCACAACGCAGUGUUUUCCUCAAAAUCAGUGUCACUGCUAAUCAGCCAAAGGCCACCCUGAGUUCAGACCAAAAGGACAUAUUGACAGGAGACAAUGUGACACUGACCUGUACUGUAGAGUCUUCUGGAUGGAGGUUUUACUGGUACAGACACAGACAAGACUCUGAACCAGUAAACACAACCUCUGGAUCCUCCUACACACUCAGCCAGGUCAGUGUCUCUGAUGGAGGACAGUACAGGUGUAGAGCUGGGAGAGGAGACCCUGUCUACUACACCCAGUACAGUGAACCAGUCCACAUACAGGUUACUGAUCAAUCCAAGGCUGUCCUGAGUAUCUCUCCUCAGUGGAUGAACCCUGGAGACUCAGUGACUCUGAACUGUGAAGUUAAAGAGUCGUCUACAGGCUGGAGGUUCUCCUGGUACAAGACUGUUCCCUACAGAGCUGGGUUACCCUCUCUAUUGGACAAGUCCUACUCUGUAGAGCCCCUAUCUGGAUAUGGGACUACUGAAGAGUCUUACACUCUGAGUCCUGCUGGUCCUACUGACACAGGAGGAUAUGUGUGUAGAGCUGGGAGAGGAGACCCAGUCUAUUACACAGACUACAGUGAACCUCAGUUUCUCUGGUCAAGAGAUCUGCAGUCUUCAGUGUCUGUCAGAAUAAGUCCCAACAGAACUCAACACUUUACAUCAAAGUCUCUCUCACUGACCUGUGAUCUGAAGGGAAACUCUACUGGAUGGAGACUGAUGAGAUACACAGAGACAGGAGUGGAGUCAGGGUGUUCCCCUAACUGGGGAUCAAUAACAGGGUCCACAUGUACCAUCACCUCCACAGACACAGGGGACAGUGGAGUGUACUGGUGUGAGUCUGGAUCAGGACAGUACAGUAAUGCUGUCAACAUCACAGUGUCUGUUCCUGUAUCCUCUACAUCAGUCCUAGUAGGAGUGGUUGUGGGUCCGGUUGUUGCUGUUGUUCUACUGACCAUCUUCUUGGUCCUGCUGUGUCGAGGUUCCUGUGGUAACAGAAUAUUCCGGCCCAUCCAUCCCCAGAGCACCAACCAGGACCCCCAACAGGUCCAAGGAUCUACCCAGGAUCAGUCUCCUGAUGCUGGGUAUACAGGAAAUUCAAACAUCUACCAUCUGAUCCAUCACCCAGACAACAAUGAUAAUGAUUCUGCUGGUGUUUCUGCUGCUGAUGGGUCAGGUGGUGUGAAGUAUGACAAGAUUCAACUAAAGAAGUUGGACAAGAAAAAGAGAGAAAAGCCAGCUGAUCCAAAUAAAAAUACAGUCUACUCUGAGAUGAAGACAGUGAAAACUACAGCAUCGUCUGGGCCAGUUGAUGUAACCUAUUCUGAGAUUGACCUAAAAACAAUGAAUCCCUGCCAGAGUCAGAAUCAGUCUAUUCUCCAAUAAAGACAUUCCCAGACCACAGUAAGACUAGAUCACAUCUAUUAAAGGGUCCUUGAGGGAGAUGAACACAAUCAGUUGAGGAACAGGAACAACCUGGGAACAUGGAUGUGGUUUUUGUACCCACACUCUCCCUGUAACCACAGAAAUGUGACACACAUCACACACCCAGUCACAUAUGGACCACACACACAAUAAUGCCUUACACAUGAAGGAUUUCUAUCAUAAUAAGCUAUCAACUGAUACAAUUUUUUUAUUAUUCUACUUGUAGCUAGAGACUGUUUUUUUAUUGGUUAUUGUACAGUAGUUUUGUAAAUCAGAAUCAGAAAUCAGGUCAGAAGUAUGACCAGAUGGACAAGGACAGGGACAAUCUGGGAGGGGUCAGCAGAGUGGCAGCUGGAAUCAUCAGGUAUCUUCUUGAUCUGCAACACAACCAGGAAGAUUUAGGACAGGAACAACAACAAGUCUUUUUAGCCUGGUACUCUGGAGGUGUGGGCCAAGACCUCAUGUCCUCCUAAGUUUAAAUGGAGCAAGAGACAAAUUUGGAAAGCACAAGGAUUUACAGUGGAGAAGGAGAACUGACCCUACUCCCUCUGAACAAUAAUAUAGCAACAUAAAACCAUGGGGCUGAGACUGGGGUGUCCAGUGACACUGUAUUAUAUGGUAUACCAAAUGUUUUGAUGUCAUAGCCUGUCAUUUCACAAUGUCGUUGCUUUGUUUUUUUAAUAAUAUUUGUUUUCAACCACCAGAUGGCAUGGCUGCCUACCUGUGUACACUGGAAUCAGAGGUUCCCAAACUAGGGGUUGUGUGGGGUCACCUGAUAUGAAAAUUGUAAUGGACUCUCAUAGCCUCAAAUAAAAUAAUAACGAUUAUAUGAAUUUUCUUCACGUGUUUGGGGUCGCAAGAAUUUUUAGAUAUCGAAAUGGGGUCGUCGGCCAAAAAGGUUUGGGAACCCCUGACCUUAAUUAAAGUGACAAUCUGUGAAGUGUGAUGGCAAUUACACUGAAUAGAACCCUUUAGGAAGUAGGUACAGAGGAAAAAGUCCCUUGGCACAAUGUACGGUUUUAGUAAGCAUUCAAGGAGAAAGGAAUCAUAGUUUAAGGUAAACCAUGAGACAUCUCUGAAGAAGUUGGAAAUACAUUCAAUACUUAUAACAGAACUGGUGGGGGUAAGAGUUUGUCCUCUUGUGAAAACAACAUAUGUUCCUUAUCCCUUCCUACUUCCUGUUGUGUGUUUUCCUCUGUCCUGUCCUAAAACACAUUGAUCUGUCCUGACCCCCACUCUUACAAAUGGUUUACAUCAACAUCAACACCUCUGUCAUUCCUCUUCUUGUCUAAACACACUAAGUACUUCAAUGCAACAGAAAUGCAAUCCAACAGUAAUGUUUUGGUACCCUUCCUCACAUCUGUGUCUGGACACAACCCGGUAUCAAACUCAUCUGACAUUUCCUUCAACUUCAUGGCUUGGUAUUCACUCUGACAUGUGAGGUAGUGAGGGGUAAAUGGGAGAGUGGUUGGAGUUGGGUUAUUGUAGUGAGGGGUAAAUGGGAGAGUGGUUGGAGUUGGGUUAGUGUAGUGAGGGGUAAAUGGGAGAGUGGUUGGAGUUGGGUUAGUGUAGUGAGGAAUAAAUGGGAGAGUGGUUGGAGUUGGGUUAGUGUAGUGAGAGGUAAAUGGGAGAGUGGUUGGAGUUGGGUUAGUGUAGUGAGGGGUAAAUGGGAGAGUGGUUGGAGUUGGGUUAGUGUAGUG